CAUUUCUUUUACACGAUACAGCGCUGGCCGCUUCAUAACGACAUUUCAAAAUGCAUUUCAACUCCGCACUCACUGCUACGCUUGUCCUCGCUGGCACAGCGUUCGCUCAACCAGCAGCGAACAUCGAGGACGGCUCCAUCUUGGCUCGUCAAUCUGAUGACCUUCCCGAUGUCGGUAUUGAAAUUCCAAGUGCUAAGGACCGAUUCAACUUUUCACCUGGAUCAAUUCGGCCCGCUGUUUGCGGUAUCGGUGCGUGGAGCGGUUGCAAACGUGAAGCCGAUCCAGAGGCCAAGGAUGGCACCAUCUUGGCUCGUCGGUCCAACGAGGUUCCUGACAGUGGUAUCGGAAUCCCAGAGGAAGUGAAGUUCGCACCUGGAACGAUACGACCUGAUGUCUGCGGCUUUGGCUACGGCAACUGCAAGCGUGAAGCUAACCCAGAGGCUGAGGAUGGCUCCAUCAUGGCUCGUCAAUCGGACCAGAACACUGGUUCCAGCCGAGGCUCGCUCGAUGAGAUUAUCCAACGCUUCCGUGAUCAAGAAACAAAGGGAGGCAAUGUUGGCGGUGGUAUCAGGCCUGCUGCCUGCGGAUACGGCUGGAGUGGCUGCAAGCGCGACGCCCAGCAGGAGCAGGACAACUCUCAGCCGGAGCCAAAAUCCGAGACCCAGGUUGAGCGUCCGUUCGGUCUCAGACAGCGAUCUGGUGUAGGAGGUAACAUGGUUGCGUUCCCGGCCGUCUGUGGAAGGUGGUACAGCAGCUGCAAGCGUAGCCCAAAGCCGGUGGCCGAAGCUGGGCCAGAGCCUGAGGCUGAGGCCGAGGCUGAGGCUUUGGAGAUUCCAGAAGGACGUUUCAAGGUCGAUGAGUCGAAGUUCCCACCUGGCACUGCAAGACUCGCUGUCUGCGGUAUUGGAGCGUGGAGUGGCUGCAAGCGUGAAGCAGAGCCACAGCAGGAGGCACAGCAAGAACCAGAAACGCUUCCUCUUAGACCGUGGCUUCCAUCGCCACCUGAGGGUGUCCAACGCCGUCCUGGUGGUAUCUUUCCAGCUGUCUGCGGUCGCUGGUACAGCAGCUGCUAAAGAAGUCCUGCUCCGGUGGCCAAAGCCAAGCUGGAGUCUGAGCCUCAAGAGGGCGCUCGACACGCUGGAAUAUGAUGCAACGACCAAGGCCAGGAACCCAUGGCCCCGACAAGAAUCGGGUGUCCGACUCUGGCAAGAGAAGAGCUGUGACGUUGUGUACUUUAGAUGCAUGAAAUGGCGUUGUGGUGUGUAUAGAGUUGAAAACAAACCUUUUCGCUGA